AAAGGAAGAGUCGAACAGGACGGUUCAAAUAAAGCCGUGUGUUUUGAGGAAAACGUAGUUGUGUGUAUUUGCAAUUUUAAGUCAAACGGGAGAAGAUCCCACAUCAUUGAGCAGACUGAAUUAAAUACAGGAGCAGCUUGCUCCGUAAAUUGGCUAUGGCGUCGGAGACUCGUAAAGUGGUUGUUCAUCUCAGAGCUACCGGCGACGCUCCGAUUCUCAAGCAAGCCAAAUUCAAGAUUGCUGGGACCGACAAGUUUGUGAAGGUUAUAGAUUUUCUUCGUCGUCAACUUCACAGGGAUACACUAUUUGUGUAUGUAAACAGUGCCUUCUCGCCAAAUCCUGAUGAGUUGGUCAUAGACCUGUAUAAUAAUUUUGGUUUUGAUGGUAAAUUGGUGGUCAAUUAUGCAUGCUCCAUGGCUUGGGGAUGACUAUUACCAAGAUUUCGUCUUUUGCAUUCAUAAAGCUGUACAUAAGGUCCUAGGUUAGAUUCUGAAUGGUGAUAGGUGCACAAUUUGGAGAUGCUGCUGCUUUCAAUUGGUUUUUACCCCAGGGCACAUAUUUGCAGAAUUUGGCCAUUAUUUCAUUCCACAAAUUGGGAAAUACAGGGUAAUUUUUGGUCUGUAUUGUUUUUCUUCGUGUCAGCCUGUCAGGGACUCAAGGGAACCAUACAGCGUUUUGUACCUAUUCCUACAUCAUUAUAUUAUGUAUACUAUUGUGACCGAUUAUGUGGCUGCUGUAUGAAAUUAUCUGCUCAUCUUGUCUCUA